AUGGAGCAGCAUCCUGAACACAUUGCUAUCGGAGGUGAACCACAAGCGGCCAUGAAGAGACGACAGAAGACCCCCCAGGAUGAAGACCCCGAAGCCGAAGCGCUACAGCUUCAUCCGCACUCGCCUCCAUCCUCUUCAUCAUCAGCACACUCUCCUCUAUCGGCCAUGCCGGCAUCGGCGUCCGCCCUCCUUGCUCUGGCUUCUCCCGCCACCCGUCGCUCCAUUUCCAUGGGCGACUUCCGCAGGGUGACGGGCGCCAUGCUCGCCGCCUCCGAGCCGGGGUCCGCUUCGGCCACGGCGCCGUCCUCCAGGCUGGUGACGCCGAGCUCCAGCAUGGAGUUCGAAGCGGCUCGCCGCCGCCUCCUGGAGGUGGAGGAGCGCCAGAGAGUCGUACGAGAGAUGGAGAGGAGACUGGAGGAGCUCCGAGAGGUGUUCGUGCGCUCCGAGCAGGAAGUGGUGCUGCACGGGGAGCGGCUCUCGAGGAUAUCGGGCGCCGCCCAACAAAGCGAGAUCUACGUGGCCGAAAGCAGCCAGCGUCUGAAGAAGGGACUUAAAUUCAAAAAGCACCGGCCCACCAUCGUGUUCUCCUCCAUGCUGGGACUCCGAACGUGCCUGCCUUGGCCUGUGAAGCUCAAAUAG